UUGUCAUGGAUAUUUUUUUUCCUUCUAGGAAACGUUAUUUGAUGAAUUUGUAGUAGCCCACAUCUUUGGUUGGUGUGGCAAGGCCAUUUUGAUCCGCAAUCAGCCACUUCUUUGGGUCCUCUCAAUUGGAUUUGAGUUGAUGGAGUUUACCUUCCGACACAUGCUACCGAACUUUAAUGAGUGCUGGUGGGACAGCAUUAUUCUUGAUUUUUUGACUUGUAACUGGUUUGGUAUUUGGGCUGGAAUGCAUACCGUUAGGUACUUUGAUGGGAAAACAUACGAGUGGGUUGGUAUAAGUCGCCAGCCUAACAUCAUGGGCAAAGUUAAACGAACUUUAGGACAAUUUACGCCAGCACAGUGGGACAAAGAUGAAUGGCACCCUCUGCUUGGUCCAAUGCAUUUCGUUCAAGUUCUCAGUCUUUGCAUCGUCUUUUCGACAGUAGAACUUAAUACAUUCUUUCUCAAGUUUUGUCUGUGGAUUCCUCCUCGAAACCCUGUGAUCGUAUAUAGGUUGAUCUUGUGGUGGCUAAUAGCAAUACCGACAAUUCGCGAGUACAAUUCAUACCUCCAAGACCGAAAACCGGUGAAAAAGGUUGGAGCACUUUGUUGGCUUUCCCUUGCAAUUUGCAUUGUUGAGCUUCUCAUUGGAAUCAAGUUUGGACAUGGCUUAUAUCCGAAGGCGAUGCCGAAAUGGUUGGUAAUAUUUUGGGUGUCUGUCGGAGUGGCUCUCGUUUCAUUCAUACUCAUUUGGUCUUGGAAAAUGUUGCGCUGUUACGGCAAAAAGAGACGAUAAUUUCUGGAUAUGAGGUGAAACUAUCAGUGGUU